AUGUCUGUCCCGUUACCAAACCCAGAUUUUGCAUGGGAUAAAUACGACAGCAAAGUCAACCCAGUCAAUGGCCAUGUAGAAUGCACUUAUAAUACCUUGACAGGAUCGUGGUCUGAACCGCGAUUUGUCAAAAGCCCAUUUCUUCAAGUCCAUGGGCUGGCGCCAGGGCUUAACUAUGGACAACAAGUCUUCGAAGGACUCUUGGCACACAGAACUACUGAUAAUAAGAUUCUGAUAUUCCGACCAACGUCACACGCAGCACGUUUGAUACACUCAGCGUCGGUAGUCAGCAUGCCGCCAGUCCCAGAAAACCUUUUUCUUGACUGUGUUCAUAUGGCAGUAGCCAAAAAUGCAGAGUUUGUUCCUCCCCAUGACUUCGCUGGCAAUAUGUAUAUCCGGCCUCUGCAAUUUGGUUCCAGUGCCCAGAUAGGCCUGGAUCUACCAGAUGAAUUCACAUUCUGUGUCUUUGUGCAACCUCAUCCACCAUUGCACGGGCAUGCGCCACUGACAGCGCUCGUUGCUGAGGACUUUGAUAGAGCGGCUACUCGUGGAACUGGAAACUCCAAAGUCGGAGGGAACUACGGCCCUGUCCUCAAGUGGUUAAGAGAAGCAAAAAAGUCUGAGAACGGGGGAUGGGGGGUACUGCUUCAUCUGGACAGCAAGACGCAAUCUUAUGUCGAUGAAUUCAGCACAGCAGCUCUAAUUGGUAUCGUGGAUACCAAGAACGAUGAAGCGCCUACUCUCGUCGUCGCCCACAGUGAUGCAGUCAUCAAUAGCAUCACGGCAGAUUCAGUAGCUAAAAUCGCUCAAUCAUUUGUCUGGAAGGUUAAGAAGCGCUUGGUGAAACUUGAUGAGCUAUCCAGCUUUUGCGAAGUGUUUGCUGUCGGCACAGCAGCAACUAUCAGACCGUGCUCUCUGAUCUACCACAAGUCUACAAAUAGAGAGUUCAAGUUUGUGGCCAACGGUUCAUACUACACAAGGCUAUGGAGUACUCUAAAGAAGAUUCAGACAGGAGAAAGCGAGGACACGUUUCAAUGGUGCCAGGAGUUGAGGUACGAAGAGUUCAAGGGCGAGAAAUAG